AUGGGUUCUUUGGAACACUCUAUCACAAGGUCUAUUGACAAGUCCAAUAGACAAAUAAGUAAGGACUGGGGGAACUAUAGUUUGUUGCGCUAUUACGUGAUACGGUCACGACAGCAACGUUACUUUUUACCUGAAUGGCCAGCACCACACAGUGUCGCUGGGGAUGGGGAGCGCUGGACAGCGAGGUCCAGCCUCAACGAGUACAUCCGCGAGGCGGCAGGUCUGUCGGGCACCAAGGUCAUGUGUCGCGAGUCUGGCUGUGGCUGCUGCGCCGUGACUGUUACCAUACCCAACCCCCUCGGGUCAAACUUGUCGACGGUCUCCAUCAACUCUUGUCUGUGUCCCUUGCUGAGUGUGGACGGCUGGCAGGUCACGACUAUUGAAGGUAUCGGAAACGACAAGGAAGGUUUCCACCCGAUUCAAAAACGUAUCGCCGACUUCAACGGCACCCAGUGUGGGUACUGCACUCCGGGAAUGGUCAUGACCAUGUAUGGGCUGCUGCACUCUAGCAGCCAGCCCACGGAACAGGAAGUAGAGAACAACUUUGAUGGCAACAUCUGUCGCUGUACCGGUUAUCGCUCCAUCCUCGACUCUAUGAAGUCCUUCGCCAAAGAUACUAGCAUUGCUGGUGGAGGUCUUAUUGACAUCGAGGAUCUGAAUAAAAAAUUGUGCCCACAAACAGGUCAGCCUUGCAAAGACCACUCAUCCAACGGUUCGUUAAACGGCGCCGCCAAAAACGGUGCCGCCAAAAAUGGCGCCUCUAACGGCAGCAGCGCUCACCCGACCGGCCUGCACCUGCGGUAUGGAGGGGUACACUGGUUCCGCCCCAAUAGCCUGCAAGAACUGAGCACCAUUUUGCGCAAGUGUGUGGACGACCAAGUGCGCAUGCUCUUUGGAAACACGUCUGCAGGAAUCUUCAAAGACGAAGGACCAUUUGAAGUCUACGUUGAUCUAAGAGGUGUGAAGGAAUUGUAUGAUAUCACAGUGACGGAGACCUCGGCCAAGUUUGGCGCAAAUACAUCUUUGACCAGUCUGAUCCAGCACUUGACAUCACUGAAGGACACACAGCCAGGCUUCCAGUACUUUGGUCAUCUGGUCCGACAUCUUAAUCUGGUUGGCAACGUCCUCAUGAGGAAUGCAGCCAGUGUGGCGGGUAACCUGAUGAUUAAACAUGCGCACCCCGACUUUCCCUCUGACGUGUUCACCAUGAUGGAGGCUGCAGGAGGCAAGGUUGAGGUGUUUGACACCAAGGACGAGUCGCUGAAAGCAUACACAGUGCAGGAUUUUGUGAUGAAGGUAAACAUGAAAGGAAAGGUGUUGACAGCGCUGGAAAUACCAGCCUUCGAGCCUCUUGACCACUUCCGCUCUUUCAAAAUUACUCCGCGGUCACAGAAUGCUCAUGCUUACAUCAACGCCGGCUUCCGUUUCAAGAUCAGUCAGGAGGGAAAGCAGGUGCUGGGCAGACCGGCCAUCGUCAUCGGCGGGGUGAACAACAAGUUUAUCCACGCUGAAAAGACUGAAGAGUUCCUCCGGGGUAAGACCCUCAAAGAUGAGAUUGUGAGAGAUGCCCUGGCGCUCAUGAAAUCGGAGAUCGCCCCACGCCUGACCUGUGCUGUCCUCCGUGCAACACUUCUGGAGUUCACCGGAAAUGCCGAUCCCAGACUUGCCUCUGGCGCUCCAAACAUACAGCGCCCUCUGUCGUCUGGACUGCAGACGUAUGAGGAGAAGAAGGAAGAGUUUCCGCUGAAGCAAGCCUUGCCUAAAAAGACUGCCUUGCUGCAGGCAUCUGGACAAGCGGAGUUCGUCAACGACUUGCCAACAUACAAGCACGAACUGUGUGGCGCCUUGGUGCUGACCACUGUCUCUAACUGCACUCUCCAGUCCGUGGAUCCUUCGGCUGCUCUGGCUGUGCCAGGUGUCCGCCAUUUUAUCACAGCGCGCGACAUUCCAGAAGGAGGCAGCAACAAUGCCUUCGCCGCCUAUAAGGGGGCGUUCGUUUUCCCAGUGGAGGAGAUUUUCGUCACGAAGAAAGUGGAGUAUGCAGGCCAGGCGGUGGGCAUGAUUCUUGCAGAUAACCAACUUGUGGCCGAUGAGGCGGCCAAGAAGGUGAUUGUCAAGUACUCCGAUAUCCAGAAACCUAUCCUGACCAUACAGGAGGCCAUUGACGCCAACAGCUUCCACUCCACCUUUGUCCAGCCGCAUGUCGUGGGUAACCCUGAUGAUGAACUCCAGAAGUCAGCAAAGACGCUGAGUGGGGAAAUUAAAAUGGGAACACAGUAUCAUUUCUACAUGGAAACCCUUGCUGCGCUGUGCGUGCCGUCUGAGGACGCCAUGGAGGUGUACGCCACGUCACAGGCGCCCGACAUUCUGCAGUGCUGCAUGUCUGGCGUCCUCAACAAGCCAAUCAAUUACAUCAAUGUUCAUUCCUUGCGCCUGGGCGGAGGCUUCGGCGGCAAGUUUGCCCAGAGCAAUCACCUGGCCAACGCUGCAGCCAUCGCCGCAUAUGCAACAGGAAGGCCUGUGAGGACCUCGCUCAGCUUGUCCGCCAACAUGCAGUAUACAGGAAUGCGCUUUCCAGUCUUGACUCGAUAUAAGGCGGGCUUCUCUGAGAAUGGCAAACUGAAUGCCAUCGUGGCCGACAUUUACAUUGAUGGAGGAGCGACCAGUGGAAUUGUCUAUGGGCUGUACGAACUCCAGCACCAACUCGACCAAGGUUUCUAUGUGCCCAACUGGAAGAUCAAUCCAUACAUGGCCAAGACAAAUAAAGUGCCAACUACCUAUUGCAGAGGUCCAGGCCCUACUCCUGCUGCAGCCAUCAUAGAGACCAUCCUUGAGCACGUGGCCAAGGAGGUGAAGCAACACCCCAUCCUCGUCAAGGAGCUCAAUUUGUACGAGAGACACCAGACGGACCUGAACGGCAUGGUGCUUACCUACUGUACCAUGCGAGACGUGUGGCAGCGACUGAAGCAAGUGGCCCAAGUGGAGCAGCGCAUGGCUGAAGUUGAGGAGUUCAACCGGGGAAACCUCUGGAAGAAGAAGGGGAUCACCAUGUGCGCUGCUAAGUACGGGAUGAUUACUGCAGACACGGGUUUUCCCUGCUCGGUGUCAGUCUUCGCCCAGGACGGCACGGUCACCGUAGUGCAGAGCGGCGUGGACAUGGGCCAAGGGCUGUACACUAAGGUAGCUCAAGUUGUGGCACAUACUCUUGGCAUUCCUAUGGACAUGAUCAAGAUUCGCCCAUGUUUGACCCACUAUGUACCCAACGGAGCUGUGACAGGAGGCAGCACAACUAGCGAGAGGGCAGUAAAUGCGGCACUCCGAUGUUGUAACAUUCUUCGAGAGAGACUGGAACCAGUUAGAGCCAAGAUGCCUGAUGCUGACUGGAAAACUUUGUGCCUGAAUGCUCAGAAGUUCAAGGUUGACCUCUCUGCACAUGCGACGCCCUUCAAUGCGGACUUGCCGGAAGCAGCGGGCCACUUCAACUACCACACCUACUGCUCCGGUGUCAUGCAGACUGAGCUGGACGUGCUGACCGGGGAGUACGCCAUCUCACGCGUCGACAUCAUGUUUGACUGCGGGGAGAGCUUGAACCCCAUGAUCGACAUCGGCCAGAUCGAGGGCGGCUUUGUCAUGGGCCUGGGCUUUAGCCUCCUGGAGGACAUCGUAUUGGACUCGAACACGGGUCGUGUGCUGAAUGAUGGAACGUGGGAGUACAAGCCGCCUACAUCAAAAGACAUUCCCAUCGACUGGAGGGUCCACAUGCUGCCUGAUGCCCCCAACCCUGUUGGUGUCCGCAGCUCUAAAGCUUCAGGAGAGCCUCCUACGGCCCUGGGAGUGGGAGUGCUUUUAGCUUUGAAACAAAGCAUGGAGGAUGCACAGAAGGACCUGACUGGAUCUUCCUCUUUUAUACCAGUCGAUAUUCCGCUGACAGUCGAGAAAAUUCAGCAGGGAAUCGGAACAAAAGUGGACCACAUGAAAAUGUAGGACGACGGUCACAACUUCUGUCGAGGACAACAUCAGGCACAAUGCCUACCUUGUCAUACGAAAGUGACUUUGCUGCUACAUCGCAGUGUUGUCCAGUGAUUUUCGGCUCGGAACUCCUUAUUGGACAAUGGUGACUUGGACUUUUUCAGCUAGAUGUUAUUAUUAAAACCCAUAGCCAAAUAUUCUAGAGAAAUAUAGCGAGAGACCAAACUAUUGUACGAAAAAAGCUACUAGGCGAGAGAGAACGAACACAGAAUAGAGACAAUCAGGAAACAUUAAAGUAGUGAAAAGUAAGAUUGUUAUAUUUUUGAAUUAUCACAACAUUAAUGUAGAUAUUAAAAUAUUGACACGCAUACAAAAAAUCCAGAACGGCUGUGACUGCGACAUCUUAGCGCUGUCGUCUUGUGCUCACUAUUAUAAAUGUUAAUAUUUCUUGCUACAAGAUGUGUCAACUGCACCUAGCUCUUUCGUGCUUUUUCCCAGUUUGGUUAAAUGGAU